ACUAAUAAUCACCACCCAUUAUUAUUAUCUAGGGUUAGUAGCCCGACCACACAGUUAAGAAGAAAAAACGAGAGAUUGUGAAGAAAAAGAAGAAGAGAGAGAAGCAGAAGCUAAGUCAGCAAUGGCAGCCUCAGUAAUGGCUUCAUUGGGCCUGAAACCAUCUCCUUUCACAGUUGAGAAAUCUUCAGUAAGAGGCCUCCCAACACUUUCAAGGAGGUCUUUCAAGAUUGAAGCCAGUGGUGGCAAGAAGAUCAAGACUGAUACGCCUUAUGGAACUGGUGGUGGCAUGAACCUCAGGGAUGGGGUAGAUGCAUCUGGAAGGAAGCCCACGGGGAAGGGCGUGUACCAAUUUGUCGACAAAUAUGGUGCUAAUGUGGAUGGCUACAGCCCCAUCUACAACACUGAUGAAUGGUCCCCAAGUGGCGAUGUCUAUGCUGGGGGUAAGACUGGCUUGCUAAUCUGGGCUGUUACCCUAGCUGGCAUACUUGCUGGAGGUGUACUUCUUGUUUACAGCACAAGUGCUUUGGCACAGUAGACUUGUGCUUUUCUAAAUUAUAGCAAUGUAUCAUAUAGCCUGUCCAAUUCAUUGUCCAGAAACAAAAAAAUCUCCCCCCUUGUGAAUCCCUAAGUGUAAUUUUGUGCUCCCUUGGAUUUGAAUUUCAAUGGAGUACAACUAGUAGUAAAUUUUCAUAUAAAUUUCCCUUAUUAUUAUUAUUAUUA